ACAAGUGGUACAAGUUAUGAUGAUUUAUGCAGUCCACUCGCUCGUCACUAGUUGAACAGUACACACAGUAUACAACAACGAAAUCAUCUACUUAGUUAUUUAGUUAACAAAUAGUGUUGCUGAAUUGUUUCUCAAAAAUAUAGUUGUUGAAAAUCUAAUCAUGAAAGAGGAUAAUACAAUAGCUGUCAUAAUAAUUAUGCUUAUCAUUGCAUAUUAUCUUGGGUUUAAUUACGGGUCGAUUGUGAAACGAGAACAAGCAGAAAAAUUUAAAAAAAUAGAAAAUGAAUAUCAAAUAAAUUUGACAAAUAAACAGCAGGAAGUCAAAAUACUAAAAGAAAUAAUUUUUGAAGGCUUUCACGAAUCAGCUGAUUUAUUAAAGACAUUGACAGAAAUUAUGAAGUUCAAUGAAGAUGAUGUACCUGAUAAUUUAUUGGAAAAAAGACAGCAAUUUUUUCAAACCAACUAUAAUAAAAAACAGGCACUUGUAGUUGGUGAUUUAAGAAAACUAUUUGAUGAUAUUGCUUUGACGUCUAACAGGCAAUUUUCCAAUAGAUAUUUUUGUAACAAAAAAAUAUCUCAUUAUGAUUCGACUAUCUGUGCAUCGCUCAGUAAAGACCCGGAUAAUUACGAAAUUAAUCUCAGCCGUAGAAAUUUGGUUGUUCUUCCAAAAGAUAUAUUUACUGGCUUUGAAAAUAUUGAAAAUCUUGAUUUGUCGUACAACCGACUGGAUUAUCUUGAACCAGGUACUUUUAAUAAUUUAUUAAAUCUUCAGACACUUGCAUUGGACGUCAACAAUCUAAGAGCAUUAUCGAGCGAUAUAUUCAAUGGUAUUGAAAAACUCACAUCGUUAAGUCUAUCUCAAAAUAAACUAAAUUUUAUUCAACCAGGUACUUUCAAUAAUUUAUCAAAUCUCAAGUGUCUUUAUAUAUACAAAAAUCGUCUAACAUCAUUACCAAAAGAUAUAUUUGUUGGCCUUAAAAAUCUUGAAAUGAUUGGCUUGUCGAGCAACCGACUAAUGUAUCUUGAUUCAGAUAUUUUUAGUAAUUUACCAGUACUUUUGUAUGUUGAUAUUCAGGAAAACAAUUUAACAACAGAUUCUAUAAAUAUAUUGAAGAAUAUGUAUUAUUUCGGAAGUUUAGAGUUGUGGUUAUAAAAUCGAUAAGAUUUUAUCAACAGUGACAUUAUGUUUACUAUACUUUAUAAUUAAUAAAAAGGUUCAAUCA